UGUUCUUCUUCCAAUUACUUAGCUAAGCAAGCUUUGGGAACGGGGAGGGGAGAAGAGGGAGCAAAUAAGGAGUCCUUUCUCUUUUUGCAAUCCAUCUUCGUCCUCGAAAAUGGCUGGAGGCUUGUCUUUAGAACAUCCUUGGGCUUUUACCUUUGGCAUAUUAGGAAAUGUUAUCUCAUUCAUGGUCUACCUUGCUCCACUGACAACAUUCUAUCGUGUUUAUAAGAAGAAAUCCACUGAAGGAUUUCAAUCUCUUCCAUACGUUGUUGCAUUAUUCAGCUCCAUGCUUUGGAUCUUUUAUGCAUUCAUCAAAGGCCACGAUGCGCUUCUUCUCAUCACCAUCAACUCCUUUGGCUGUGUCGUUGAAACCAUAUAUAUCAUCAUGUAUCUCCUCUAUGCCCCUAAGAAGGCAAAGGUGCACACCUUUAAGAUGUUCUCACUCUUAAACAUUGGACUAUUUUCUUUGAUAGUUCUCAGCACUAUGCUUGUCUCUAAGGCCACCAUUCGACUCAAAGUUCUUGGUUGGAUUUGCGUUGCUUUCUCCGUCAGCGUCUUUGUUGCUCCUUUAAGCAUAAUUAGGUUGGUCAUUCAAACCAAGAGUGUAGAGUUCAUGCCAUUCUCCCUCUCAUUCUUUCUCACGUUGAGCGCAGUGGUGUGGUUCUCCUUUGGCCUUUUCUCCAAAGACAUCUAUGUUGCGCUCCCAAAUAUAUUAGGAUUCAUAUUUGGGGCGGUUCAAAUGGUGGUCUAUAUCAUCUACAAGGACAGCAAAGUUCCUGCAAGCUUAGCAGAGGGUAAUAAACUGCCAGAGAAUAUGCUUGAAAUCUCGAAGCUUGGACCAUGCGAACACGUCGAUGCCGAAGUAGAGGCCAAGCCACAGGUCACCAACAAUGAGAUGAGCCUAGUAUGAGAAAGUUUAAUUACUUGAAGUUAU